GCAUUCAUUGGCAUUUGUUAAUUUCAUUAUAUUUAUUUAUUGGAACCUGUUCUAAAUUAAAACUUAAUUUUGAGUUAUUUUCUGACGUAUUUGUAUAUAAACGUUUACACAGUAUAGGUCAUUUGGCGACCUUCCAGCUUUUACUGGUGGAGGAAGACCUCAGAUGCCCCUCCGUGCAUUAUUUCAGGCACGAACGGGCACCUGAGUAGAACCACCGAUGUUCCGUAAGCUAGCUGGAUAGCUUCCUCACAUGAAAGAAUCCAAAGUCCCUGUCGGGAUUCGAACCCACAGCGGUUAGGGGCAAGUGGUUUGAAAUCAACGACCUUAACCACUCGGCCACGGACGCCCCCUCAGAAUGGUUUUGCAUUGUAUAGAUGCUAACACAUAAUCAACAGAAAUAAGGAAUGCAUGUUGAUGAAAACAUUUAAUCUAUAAAUCACAUAAAAAACAAAUGUGAGGAAAUUGAUAUUGAACCAUUGUGUCUAUGUAUAGAUCUUUCCAAGAUACAUGUAUUUCAAUUCGAUUAUCUAAAAUACCUCCAUGCAUGCAGUGUAACGUUUUCUAUUAAUAAACGAAUAAUAAUAUAAUGUCUGAAUAAUUCAGUUUUCUGUCAUUAACAUGUUAUAAAAAUAGCGAUGUUUGUAGAAUACAUUAUACAUUUGUGUCUAGUUUAUUAGCAUAAGAGGUUAUUAGCAUAAGAGGAAUAUAAAUAUAGAAAAGUCUCAAACAAAAUAUAUGAAUGCAGUGUUUACACCUAAUACCUGGUCGGAAUAAGUGAUUGAAUACAUAUUCUAUCUUUUGUACAUGCUUUCUAUAUUGCAGGAGUGAGAUUCCAAUUAAUCAAAGGAUUUUGUCAUCUUGGUGAAAAAAUAUAGAGAAAAGUAAAAUACGUUAAAAAGGAUAUGAGAAAUUGAUUAAGUCAAAGAGGAACAACUUAUUAAAAAAAUAGGCAAACGCAUUUCACAUCUACACUCAUACAAAAAAUACUAAGUUUAAGAGUGGAGGAAGAAAAUGCUUAUUUCUGGAGAGGAAAUCACUUGAGGAUAAUUAGAUCAUUUUAAAACCACAAAAUUUUUACAUUAAUACGGAAAAGGCUUGUUAACAUGUGACAUAAUUAAGUUGAAUUGGUAAAUAAUCUACAUGUAACAUUCAAUUACAGAUAUUAUUCUGAGUUUAUAUCUGUAUGAAAAAAUAUGUUUUAUAUAACACGGAUAUGAAUAUAAUGAAUUAAAUCUGGAUGUUAGAUAAACUUUGUUAAAAGUAUUAGUUGAACGAAUUUUAAAUAUGUCUGGUUUAUCAGGUAUCGGUAUAUUUUGGGCGUUUUCAUCUUUUAUUUCAUCUGUCAUAUUAUGUAUUGGAUAUUUUGUGCCUUACUGGUUGACUGGAAAGUUACUAAUUCAGCUUAGAGGAAAAUCAGAACAAACCGUGCCUGUACAUUUCGGUAUAUUCCGUAGGUGUAAUUAUCCAACAAUCGAUUCCAAUAAGGAACUUUCUAUUGUACUGGAAUGUGGUAGAUACACGACUUUCAUGGACAUUCCGAGUGUGUCAUGGCAGAUAGCUACUCUUGUAGUUGGGCUUGGAUGUUCGAUCUGCCUUCUUGUAUCACUGACAGCUAUGUUUGGUGUUUGUGUUAAAGGUGUUGUUAUUCCAACGGUGGCACGGACGGCUGGAGUUCUUCAAAUGUGUUCAGGUCUGUUAAUAGGUACGGGUGUUGGCAUAUAUCCCAAAGGUUGGGACAGCCCGGAAGUGAAACAGGCGUGUGGCAACACGUCUAAAUCUUACUAUUAUGGUGACUGUACGUUAUCUUGGUGUUUCUAUAUAACAUGUGCUGGUAUAGGUGUAACCUUGAUAUGUUCAGCUCUCGCUUUUCACUCUCCCAAACGGAAACACGUCGUUCAUGGUUAUGCAAUUUAGACUAUUACCUGAAGUAUCACCAUAAUAGGCCAAAGAGGAAACUGUGAAAGUAGUCAGAAACAGACAAAUUGAAAAUGUUUUGCUCGGUUUGAUUGAAGGUUCAGAUAUAUACAAUGGUGAAGAAAAAACAAAAAUUGUGCAUUGAUUUUAUUGUUGAUAAAUUUGUACGCCCAAAAAAACUGUUUUAAAAAAAAUAAUUAUUUAUUUGUCCCCGAAAAAAGAGGAAAACAGAAUCAAUCCUUACUUUCUUGUUCUAAGAAACUAAGAGGAAUAAAGCCUUCACAAUUACACAACCGUAACAUAAUGAUAAACAACAUAUAUGUCGGAAAGAGCAAAGGUAAUUUUACAGACAUUUAGUUCCGGGACAGAGAACUACUAAGAGAAUGAUAUGUGAUGUUAAAUUACGAGUGUGAAUAAACAACAUAAGCCUAAUGUAUAAUUUCUGCCAAUAUUUAUUCAGACACGCUGAAGAGUUUCGAUAGCUAAGUUUGUGAAUCAAGAUUGAAUAUGCACGUAUAUAUUUGUCAAUGAAUCUGGUUUAGUGACAGAAGAGUCUGAUUGUUUGUUUGUUUCCAUAUUUGUACAAACAAUACUACACAUGUGUAUUUAAUAAAUUAAGUAAAAUUAGUA